UUUUGAGCCUCGUCAUGGCCAACUUUUCGGGAAACCUGGAAAAACCAACAAGGAAAUCGUUGCCUGUUUUGCACAUCACUGGCAGCUAUUACGAAGUUGGCUACGAAACUGGUCGAGUGUUCGGACAAAGGAUCAAACGGUUCGCCAAAAAGACGAAAUUGCAACUGGAGAGUUCUCGUUUCUAUGACUCGGGAUUGGCAGAGAAAGUUUCCGCGACUGCGGCUAAAAUUGUGCAGACCAACUUUCCGCAAUUCUGGGAGGAACUCUGGGGCAUGGCUGAUGGCUCGCAAAUUGACUUUCACGAGUUAUUCACCCUGUACUUGGUGGACGUGUUGGACCACGAGAACCGGAAGCGGAAACUGCCGCUUUUCGAGGUUCUCGCGGCGGACGAUAAGGACGCCGAACAGGACGCCGUCGUGCGUCCCUCGCCGGCGCUUCUCGCUCGCCGUGACUCCAAAACCGUGACUUGGAAGAUAGACGUUGAGGAGGAGGAAGAAGAAGAGGACGCCGACGAGGUACAGAGCGACAUCGCGGAGGAGAUUGAGGAAACUGCGGACAGCACUCGCGGCUGCUCCGACGUGCUGGUCAACGUUGAUGGAGUG